UCCCUUAAUUUCAAGCCCGGCGACUGCCUUCUGCGUUUCAAUCGAACAACAACCUGUCUUCCCAGAUAAACACAAGUGGCUCGGGGUGUCUCGUCAUCCUAAUUGAACAUCUAUUCGAACCCGGGACGAGCACUGCGAAAGGCUCUCUCUCCUCCCAACUUAUCAGAACACAGCCAUCAAACGGUUGGAUAUCUGCAAGGACCGGCCGGUUAUGACAUCACGUCCGUGACCGCCUGCCGCCCAGCCAACUACCUCCACAACCACCACAUAGUGCCCGCCUCCCUUAGACCCAUCUGCACCUCAAAGUAGGUCCCGCCGUCGAAGACAAAGCAAGGUCCACCACCACAGCAACCACAGCCGCCGGUAUACCUGCCUUCAGAAGCAACAUCGUCCCCCAUCUUUUUGGGAAGAUGGUCUCCCGAACACCGCGCGGCGGCCGGCGGCUCAUGCACAGUAGCUACAAUCGCAGCGGAAGCAGAACCUAUACCCCCCGCAGCAACCGGGGCACCGACGUGGGCACCUCGCCAUCGCCGCCUCCGUCGCAGAAGAGACGUCUCGACGGGCUCUACCUCGAAGAGAACUGGUACUGCAACUGCGCGCCGCGGCAGCAGGCAUUACUUCUCCAGGUGAAGAAGAAGAAUGCCAAUCACGGACGGUUCUUUUACAAGUGCGAAAAGAGGAAGGGCGGCUGCAACUUCUUUCUCUGGGAGGAGGAUGCGAGGAACCGGGCGGAGACGGCUACUUUGACGCUGCCGCCGAUGCCGACAGACGGCUCCCCCGCCGCCGGCACGACACCGACCGCGCAGUUUCCGACGCCGAGCACGGCUUCUGCAGCCAGGUCCGGCGUCAAGUCUGCGACCACCGCGCCCCCGCCUGACAGGGAAGCGCCUCCGUCGCCCACGACGCAGAAGAGCGCGGCCAGGCAGAAGUUCCUCGACGCCUACUUCUCGGCUCGGCCUCCGCAAGCUGCCGCCGAGGCAAACGGUCCUUUAGAUGAGGCCGGGGCCGAUGCGCCAUCCCACACCACCAAGAGAAAGCGGGUGAUCUUUGACUUCGACUCCGACGACGGAGAGGACGAGUACGGGCUGGGAGACGUGUCAUCGGACGAGGAGAGGGCGAUGAACGAGGCCAUGGAGCGCAGCGCGAAGAAGCUCCGUGAGACAGUGCCGCUGACGCCGUAUACACCCGUGGCGCAGCGUAUGGCGCGGGAUGUCGCCCUGCCUACGCCGCAGACGGUCACGCGGACGCUCUUCCCCGAUGCCAAGCGCCGGAAGCCCGAUGACGUCGGCAAGCCCGCCGUCGAGUCCCCGAACGUGUCCUUCUCAACGAAAACGUCCUCCGCGACCGUGGGGCCGUCCUCGUCGCCCGCGUCUAGAGGAGAGGAGCAGCUCGACCCGACGAAGGAGGUCCUGGCGUUGUUGGCGGGGCGGGCGGUCGACGACACCACAAUGCGGGGUGUCGGGGACUUGUUGCGACGGUUCUCGAUGAAGGCCCAAGGGCUGGCCAAGGGGCGGGAGACGGUGCGGGCGGCGUUGAAGGUCAAGGACGAGAAGAUCGCGGAGUUGCAGGAGAGGAUCGCCAGCUUGGAGGCGCGGAACCGGGCGCAGAGGGAGGAGAUUGCGGACUUCAAGGCGGGCAUGAUGGAUUUGUACUCAAAGCACUGAAGGGGGGGCUAUCGGAAGGGAGUGUUCUGCAUUUGGACAAUUCGCGACGGAGUUUGGAAUUGAGGAUACCCAUGUUAACGUCUCUGUGAUGGUAAAGUAGAUAGAAAGAACAGAGAGCUCUAGCCUUU